AUGGCCGGUCUGAACGUGUCCCUCUCCUUCUUCUUUGCCACCUUCGCCCUCUGCCAGGCGGCCAGGAGGGCGGCCAAGGCCCUGCUCCCCGGGGGUGCCUAUGCCCACUUUGCCCGGGAGGCGGCGGGCGCUGCCCAGCUGGGGGCCUGCUGCCUGGAGAUGCGGAUGCUGGUGGACAUCGGUCCCUGGGCGGGGGGCUUCGGCCCUGACCUCCUGCUGACCUUGCUCCUCCUGCUCCUCCUGGUGCACGGGGCCACCCUGGACGGGGCCUCGGCCAACCCCGCCGUGUCCCUGCAGCAGUUCCUCCUGGCCGAGGCCUCUCUGCGCAGCACGCUGCUGGAGCUGGCGGCCCAGGCGCUGGGCGUGCAGGCGGCCUGCGCCCUGACGCGGCUCUACUGGGCCUGGGAGCUCAGCGACAUGCACGUCCUGCAGAGCCUCAUGGACCCGCACUGCAGCUCAGCCCUGCGCACGGCCGUCCCCCACGGCACGCUGGUAGAGGGCUCCGGCGCCUUCCUCUUCCACCUGACCCUCCUCCGCUUCCGGAACAGUCUUCCCAUCUACAGGGUGCCGGCCGUGGCCCUGCUGGUCACUGUCAUGGCCUGCACAGCUGGACCCCUCACGUCUGCCUUCUUCAACCCCACCCUGGCCGCCUCGGUCACCUUCCACUGCUCGGGGCACACCUUGCUGGAGUAUGCUCAGGUGUACUGGCUGGGUCCUCUGACAGGGAUGGUCCUGGCUGUCCUGCUGUACCAUGGCCACCUUCCUCGCCUUUUCCAGAGGAACCUGUUCUACCGUCAGAAGAACAAGUAUCGACCCCCCCGAGGGAAGGCUGCCCCAGGGCCUGGAGUCCCCCAGACGCCUGCAGAGGGAAUCAGAAUCGAAGGGGUACACGUGUACAGUCACAUGAGCUCCUCCCCGGUGCCCCUUCUCCGGAGCCCCAGGAAAACAGAGGAUGCUGUCUGGGAGGAGCUGCCCGUGGCCCCUGUGUUGAGGAUGGUGACCAUCCUAGCAGGAUGCCGCCCGUUCCCCCUGGAACUGCUGGCCGUAAACCAGGCAGCCCUCUGCUAG